CCCAAUUCUACUUUUUUGUAAUGAAAGCUUGGCGCCAAUCCAAGGAAUACUUUAUUUUCGCUUCAAUCAGCUUCACUCCAUUCAUCGUUAACAUUGCUUCUUUGCCAUACCAUGUAUCCAGCAACAACCCCUUCUUCUUCUCCUCCUCCUCCCUGUCCUUCCACUUCUCUUCCUUCUUCCUCUCGAUACGAACAAUACCAUGCAUCACUUUACCCCACUUAUGAUCCUGACGCUUAUGCCGUUCUACCACCAGAUCUCUCUUUACCCUUGACUAUGAACAGUCGUAGUCCUUGUAGCUCCUCUUCGCAUACUGUGCCCCGAACUCAGGCACACACCGUACGCUUGAUAUACACCAAGUCCGGUUUCUACUUGGAAUCAGGCGACGCAAGUUCACUUCAUGGAUUUUUUGCAAUCCUGUCCGGGAAAACGGUGGGCGUUGACAUCCUGUUGGCAUGGAUCCCGGAAUAUCUGAUUGAACCCAAAGAUCUGGAUCAAUUCCUGGCACUGGAUGGUAUAUUAGCCUCCGAUCAAGACUUUCCAACAGUGCAACUGAAUAUGGGUGACUGCGAGACAAUGGUGAUCCCAUUGACCAAAGUCUAUUCGCUUUUCGUAAGCCCACUCAAAAUUGGGGAAAAACCACAUCUCGUUAUCACCACCCAAGAAGGAGAAAAACUUCAACCCUUGUGGUAUCCCAUGUCUGCUACCCCGUCAUCCUCAGUAUGGCCCGGCUUUGAUGUGCUAGAUAUUCUGGGGGCAUUUGUCCGAUUAGAAAGAUCGUUGAAAGAUGAACAUGUCCACAUAUUGAUGGGAGUGAACCCUCCCUCGAAAGACAUAACGGAUACAGAAAGCGCAACAAUGACUAACAAUAACCAUGAUCCACCACUGCAGCCACCAUUGCAGCCACCACUGCAGCCAUCACUACAAUCAACGCUAAACGAGGUUCAUUGGAAUGUUAUGGAACGCUUGUCACAGAUCACCAAAAUUUCCCGCAGUACAGCAGCUCAACUGGUGGAAAACUCUUUGGCACAAUCCCUGAUACCUUUAAUCACACCGUCUGUAAAUGCACUUACUAGCCACGCUAUGGUUCGAAGGACAUUGAACGAAUAUGACGUAGCGCAGCAAUACUUGGCACGCUGGAUUCCUGACCAUCCAAAUCAGCCCACAGCCACUGAAUCCUGGCGUUUGCAAGAUCCCGAAGGGUUACUGGCCGAUGCACCCGAGUUACAGCAGCCCCGUCGAAAGCACACCCGAAGGUCGCCUGUAUCGCCUGAGGAAUGGAUUCACUGCUUCAAUGACGACGGCCAGCUGAAAGUGACUCAAGCGCAUAUGUAUCAACUGAUCUUCCAAGGCGGUUUGGAUGCUGACAUUCGCAUCGAGGCGUGGAAGUUUCUGCUGGAAAUUUAUCCUUGGGAUAGUACAUUUGACGAACGUGAGGCUAUUCGCCAAAGUAAAACAGAGGAGUAUUUCCGGAUCAAAGCGCGGUGGUUCAAUGAUAUGGAGACGCGUAAUACAAAAGAAUUCACUGAUGAAAAACAUCGCAUCGAUAAGGAUGUUCACCGCACUGAUCGCUCCAUCGAUUUUUUUGCUGGUGAAGAUAUGCCCAACCCGGAUCCUGACAUGACAGUGGGGACAAACGCCAAUCUGGAAAUCAUGAAGGAUAUUUUGGUGACCUACAACUUUUACAACACCGAUCUUGGCUAUGUGCAAGGCAUGUCGGAUCUUUUGGCGCCGCUCUUUGUCGCCAUGGGAGAUGAAGCCAUGGCGUUCUGGGGCUUUGUCAGAUUCAUGGAUCAAUUGCAAUCCAACUUCUUCACCGACCAAUCAGGCAUGCAUAAUCAACUCAAAAACCUGGACGCUCUCAUUCGUUUCAUGGAUCCGCCUCUCUAUGAGCAUUUUCGGGCAACAGAAACAUCGAACCUGUUCUUCUGUUUUCGCUGGAUUCUUGUAUGGUUCAAACGAGAAUUUGAAUGGCAAGACGUCAUCCGGUUGUGGGAAACAUUGUGGACCAACUAUCUGUCGCCUCACUUUUUGUUAUUUGUCGCUCUGGCCGUAUUGGAUCAGCAUCGACAAACGAUUAUCGACGAUUUAAAACAAUUUGACGAGUUGCUAAGGUAUAUCAACGAUCUCACAGGCCACAUCCCAUUGGAGCGUACUUUGGAACGGGCCGAAGAAUUGUUCUACGAGUUUGAGACGCGCAUCCGAGCCAUGGAUCGUAAAAAAGCUGAUCUCCAGGAAAGCCUUCAGCAACGAUCGGUUUGGAAUAACAAAGAACAGCGUACAAAAAUCUUGAACGAUAUUGAGAAACUUACCGUAGAUGACAGAUUGCAUGCGUUUUUAAAAUGUUGCUAGUUUGCCGUCGUCAACCGAUAUGUAAAUAAAAAGCAAAUUGCGGUUUAUGCAGUUGAUCAAGUCGGAAGUCGAUCAUUUGGUUUCCGUUCGUUCUGGAUAUUC